CUACCUCACAUUCUUCAAUACUAUUGCAUUUGUAUUCUAUCGCUCUCUUAAAAGCUUUUGUUUCUUCUCCUCAUAAUCUUUUUUCUCACACAUUCUUGUUCUGCUUCUGGUUUUGUGCCAGAAAUGGAGUAUGAGAACCGCUUCAGACAGGCCCAGAGACCAAAAUAUGAUUGCCUUUUAUUUGAUUUAGAUGAUACUUUGUAUCCACUAAGCUGUGGGAUUGCAAAGGCAUGUGGCCAAAAUAUCAAAGAGUAUAUGGUGGAGAAACUUGGCAUAGAGAGAAGAAAGAUUGAUGAAUUGUCCAACCUUCUCUACAAGAACUACGGAACAACUAUGGCUGGGUUAAGGGCAAUUGGAUAUGACUUUGACUACGAUGAAUAUCACAGUUAUGUUCAUGGGAGAUUGCCUUAUGAGAAUCUAAAACCAGACACAGUUCUAAGAAACCUCUUGCUGAGCCUACCCUAUAGAAAACUGAUCUUCACAAAUGCAGACAAAGUGCAUGCAGUUAAGGCACUUAACAGACUUGGAUUAGAGGAUUGCUUUGAAGGGAUAAUUUGCUUUGAGACCUUAAAUCCAAUCCACAAAAGCAAUGUUUCUGACGAUGAUGAUGACGAAAACGACAUUGACUUCAUUGGUGGUUCUAGAAGAAGCAUCAAUCAAACCGAGAAUAAUAAUAAUGGGGGUGGUAGUAGCUCCAAAAUCUUUGACAUCAUAGCUCAUUUUGCUCAGAUGAAUCCGAGUUCUAAUCUGCCAAAGACACCAAUUAUUUGCAAGCCCUCAGAAAAUGCCAUUCAAUUGGCACUCAAAAUAGCAAACCUAGACCCACAAAGAACUUUGUUCUUUGAGGACAGUGUGAGGAACAUACAAGCUGGAAAACGUGUGGGACUUGACACAGUGCUGGUUGGUACGUCUCAAAGAGCGAAAGGUGCAGAUUAUUCAUUAGAAAGCAUCCACAAUCUUAGGGAAGCAUUGCCUGAAUUAUGGGAAUUAGCUGACGUCAAAUCAGAAGUUGCUGCUUAUGUUGGUGUUGAAACGUCUGUAACUGCUUAAAUCGGAAUUUGUUCAUGGAGCUCACCUUAAAUCUUUGAUGAAAUUAUAAUGGUAUUAAUAAUAAGAAAAUCCAAUAAUUUAUUUUAUUUUAUAUGUAUGUAAAAAGGCCAGUGGUAAUGGACCUAAUUAAGAAAGGUGUAGUAGUAGGGACUCUGCUAGUUGAUGUAGAAGCUAUGAUAUUAUCUUAUGAUAAAUAAAAUAAUUAGUAAUAUAGGUAGUCAAAAGAGUAAUUAUAAUAUAGAAAUAUAAUAAAAAAAAAUUUUAUUUUCUUGAUAAGUACGUGAUGUAUAUUUUUUUAAUUAUUGAUCAUUUUAUCAUU